AUGGUGCCUUCAGCAGUGGAUCAAUGCGAAAAUCGGGUGCCCGUUGGUCUCAAACUCAUCCCGUCUGAUAAGCUGGACGUCCGUUCAGACGAGAAGAUUGCAGCGUGGCUUCAACAAAGACACCCCGUCACUUCAGAUAAAAACGUUUGGGCAUUCUGGAACAAGGGGUAUAGUCAGAUGCCCCCUUGGGUUCAGCGCAAUGUGAUUAAUUGGGUUCGACGUCUCGGCUCUGACUGGACAGUCCACCUCCUCGACCUUGUCCCAGGCUCCGAGACAAAUGUUUAUCAUUAUCUGGAUAAGCAGUUCUUUCCAAACGCCUUUAAUGAUAACACCAUGGAUGGACCGCAUGUUGGUGCACAUCAAGGAGACAUUGUCCGACUUCCUCUGCUGUGGAAAUAUGGUGGCGUAUGGAUGGAUGUAGGAACAUUUCUCUUUCGCCACGUUGAAGACAUCUGCUGGAAACUGAUUGAAGAUCCCGAGUCGCCUUAUGAAAUGUCCGGCUUUACCAUCGAACUGCGUCCGGAAUGCGAUUCCAUGUUGAAUGGAUUUAUUGCUGCCAAGCGCAACAAUCCAUUUAUAAAACGUUGGCUUGAUAUCUAUCUUGCGCUCUGGACAGGCGCGACCAACUCUCAUGACUUCCACAAGCACCCCCUCCUCAAGCAUUUACCUCUUCUCUGUCCCGCAGUAGACAAGAUGAACUGCCCUAAUCUCAACGUUAUGAUGGAGAACUUCAGCGAUUAUCUGUCACAAACCAUGUGUUACGAACGACUGCGCAAGCUGAUUGACCCAGCAGAUGGGUUCAAUGGACCAGAGUAUUUUUCCAAGCACAUGUUUCUCACCCCAGCACUACAGGAGACGUUUUAUUUUCAGCAGGUAACGGGUUGGUCUGGUACUCGACAGUUUGAGCUACUGACAACUCAGCGAUCGGGCGAGGGUGUGGUGAAGGACGAUAAGUGGCAGGAUGCUGAGGACUUUGUGCAUAAGGCAUUGGCCAACACAUCUACGAUGAAGUUAUCUCAUGGACCUGCUGGCGCUCUUGAGUCGUUUCUGGCAGAUCUAUGGGACUCCAAAGAGCAUUGCGAUGCGGACAACGUAGAGGGUACUUUUGCAGCAUACUUGAGAUAUGGAAGUGUACACUUUGACCAAACUAGAGAGUUGGUGCCUAUCAAGUAUGAACUCACUAAAGAGGAAGUGCUACAUUGUGGUAUUUUGGAUCCCAAGGCAGCCUAG